CUGUAAUUAAUUACUUACGAAAUAAUAAUAAAAAUAAUAAUAAAAAGCUUUAAAGCUUUUUUAAUAAUAAAAAGCUUUCUCGAUACUCGUAGUCGUAGUCGUAUGAUUCGUAUCCGAUAAAUUUGAGAUUCCGAUUCCCCACUACUGCACCACUGCGAAGUAGGGAACUGUACACUACCAUGGAAUAAUAAUAUUAAUAAGAGACACCAUUUGGCAUUUGGUACUCCUGGAUCUGCAAACUAUAUAGCGCACUUCUGAGUUCUUGCAGCAAUCUUGCUGCUCGCUUUGUCUUCGGCUUGAUCAGCUCCGUUAAUCUCAAGUCUGGGAUGUUGGCAAUGGCACGGAUCAACGUAACGACGCUUUUGUCGAAUUCCUUGCCGUCCAACGGCGGUGCUGCGCGGUAUUUGCAUGCUUCUUCUCCUGCCUUCGCGUUCUUUCGACGGAAAAAAGUGCAAGAGGAACCCGAAGAAUCAGCUGCCACUGGGACUUUCAGGCCGGAACUGCAAGCAGACGUGCUGAAAAGCGGUUUUUUGGGCCAAUACGAAAAAGCUGCUUUGAAUAGCGUAAUUGAUAAAGGACUUGGGAAAACGAUUCUUCCAUACGAGCCUCCGGAGGAUGUCGAACGGCGAAUCAGUGGAAUAUUUUCGGAAACAUUUGGGCAGCCAUUAACAGCCGAAAUUGCCAGUGCUUCUUUUCCGAAUAGAUUGUCUAAAUUUAAGUUUUUAACGGCGUGCGAAGAAAUGUUUUCGCAUGCCAUUCCCAGUCCACAACUUCACGACAUCACAUCAGUGGAUAAAGCGGCGGAAUUCUAUCGCACACCAGUCACGGGAUUGAACGGCCUGACGCAAUUCCAACGCCGCACCGAUCUUCCUCCGAAUAUGCACGUUAGCUACAAUCCGAUACGCUUUGAUCCGGAUAACGACCCCUAUUACGGAGGUGUUACGGCGUUUCCCGGCCGAUCCUCGGUUAUUGUUGGAUUAAAGGCUAAGAAAAUGUACAAAGGCUUUCAGUUUCAAGCGGAUUGGCCAAAAUAUAUGGACACCUACAAAGUGUAUCGGCAUAUGCAUAAGCAUCCCUGGAGAAAUGACCAUAAGUUCGAACGCAUAUGGAGAUAAAAUAGACGCGAUGUCUACAUAAUGUGUAAAGGCUUUGAUAGCGCUGUGUUAAUUUUAGUGUUGUGUGCUUUUUACAAAGGGGUCAAUUGGUUUUGCCUACCUGCAACUGAAAUUAAAGAGUCGAAAAUAA